GAGGUUUCUGUCCUGGUGUAACUGUCAGAACAUAAUGGCGGCAUUUAAAGGGAUCUGGACCAAGGGCUUCUGGAGGGCUGUAUCUGGAGAAUACCUGGCCACUCUCAUCUUUGUUCUUCUCAGUCUGGGCUCCACCAUCAACUGGGCUGCAGAGGACGAGAAGCCUCCCCCAGCUGACCUAGUCCUUAUCUCCCUUUGCUUUGGCCUGAGCAUUGCCACAAUGGUGCAGUGUUUUGGACACAUCAGUGGUGGACACAUUAACCCUGCUGUCACUGUAGCUAUGGUUGUAACUAGAAAAUUAAGCCUGGCUAAGGCAAUGUUCUAUGUGUUGGCUCAGUGCCUGGGAGCUAUUACAGGAGCUGGGAUCCUCUACCUAGUAACGCCUGCUGCUGUAAGAGGGUCACUUGGUGUGACCAUGGUGAACUCCAACAUAACAGUAGGACAUGCCCUCCUUGUGGAGCUGCUUAUAACAUUUGAACUGGUCUUCACUGUGUUUGCCACCUGUGAUCCCAAACGAACAGACCUAGGUGGCUCUGCUGGCCUGGCCAUCGGAUUUGCUGUAGCCAUUGGCCAUUUAUUUGCGAUUCCUUAUACAGGAGCCAGCAUGAAUCCUGCUCGUUCCUUUGGGCCUGCAAUGGUCACACUUAACUUUGAGGAUCACUGGGUGUACUGGAUUGGACCCAUUCUGGGGGGAAUCCUUGCUGCUGGUCUGUAUGAGUACCUGUAUUGCCCUGACCCUCAGUUAAAGAAGAGGCUAAGCCAGGUCUUUCAUAAGGAUGCAUCAGGGAAAUACAAGGAGGUGGAGUCAGAGGACAUCGCCAUCAAGCCAGGUUCCAUCCACACUAUCGAUCUUGAGAAACCAGAGAAAAAAGAUCCUUUCCAGGAACAGACAGGAGAAGUGCUGUCCUCUGUAUGACUAUCACGUGCACUGGAAAUGGAGACCAAUCUGUAGAGCAGAAUGACAGUAAAACUGUGGAGUAUCCAUCUUGAGCCUGUCCCCCUUCAAAUACUUCAUCCUCAAAGCAGAAUAUGAUUUCUGUCCACAAGGCUUUACAGCAGGGCUGAAUUACUCUCAUAGUCAUAAAACUAAUAUGGCAUUGUGGCAAUAUCCACAGCCUAUCAAUACUUUUCCUAAGGCUCUGAAUGAUUUUACAGCAGUGUUGACAUGCGGCACACAUUGCACACUGCACACUGC